UCACACGCCGGGCUCUUGGCGAGGGGGAGCAGCCUCCCUUCCUCUCCCCCGCGGGCCGCAGAGGCGCAACAGGCACCCCCCCCCCCCGCAACCCCCUUCCCCCUCAGGCGCGGCCUCCAUUUCUGUUUUCCCGCGCAAAAGCGGCCUCGCGAUGCGGCCUCGCCCGGGGAGCGGAGCCGGCUGAGGAGGCGGCGGCGGCGGCGGCGCCAACCCCGGCCGGGCGCUUCGGACUCGCCGAGGGGGCGAGGAGGGGGCCGACCGAGGGCCAAGCCGACGACUCCGCGGCCGCCUCUUCCUUCGCCGCCCGCCGCCGCCGCCGCGACAUGGGAGCCGCCGAGCCCCGCGGCGCCUGAGAGCGAUGGUGGAGGAGGGUCGCCCCCGCAGCCGAGGCGAGAGCAGCACCCGCCGGGCCCGGCCGCCCCCUGCCAAGAUAUGAGACAUGAGCGUUGGACGCAGAAAAUUAAAGUUGCUGGGAAUUCUGGUGAUGGUCAACUUCUUUAUAUAUGUCAUUGUGGAAGUCUCAAAGAGCUCUGGCCAAGAGAAGAAUUCGAAAGGACGUGUCGUCGUACCUCAUAAGAAGUUUUGGAGGAACUAUACUCCCCACAAGGCGUAUUGGAAUAAACAGCAGCAGAGGCUGGAUCGGGUCUUUAAUCCCAUUUUGGCAUUGCUUUCCAAUAUGACUCCAGAAGAGAAUUUAUCAUCUAACGGUAGCUUUUUGAACCCCUGUGAUCCUGACCCAUUGGUUGCUUCGGAAGUUAGCAGCUUUCCAGAUUUGCCUGAUAGAUUUAAAGACUUCUUAUAUUAUCUGAGAUGUCGAAAUUAUUCAUUAUUAAUGGAUCAACCACACAAGUGCAAACACAAACCUUUUCUGCUUCUGGCUAUCAAAUCGCUCAUGCCCCAUUUUGACAGAAGACAGGCAAUUCGUCAGUCUUGGGGGAAGGAAAUUAAAUUUGGAGACGUAACUGUUGUGAGAGUCUUUCUGUUGGGCGAGACCCCUCCAGAGGAUAAUUAUCCGGAUCUCUCCGCUAUGCUCAGAUUUGAGAGUGAAACCCACCAUGACAUUCUUCUGUGGAACUACAGAGAUACUUUCUUCAACUUGACUCUGAAAGAAGUGCUGUUCCUGAAGUGGGUCAGUAAUACCUGCCCAGAUGCCCAGUUUAUUUUUAAGGGAGAUGAUGACGUUUUUGUGAAUACCCAUCAGAUCCUGGAUUACUUGAAAAGUUUAACCAAGGAUAAAGCCAAAGACUUAUUUAUAGGUGAUGUGAUUAAAAAUGCUGGACCUCAUCGUGAAAAGCAAUUGAAAUACUAUAUUCCAGAGAGUAUUUAUGAAGGCUCGUAUCCUCCCUAUGCCGGAGGCGGUGGGUUUCUCUAUUCUGGCGAUCUGGGACUCCGGUUGGCCAACGCAUCGGACCAGGUCCUUCUCUACCCAAUAGAUGACGUGUAUACUGGAAUGUGCCUUCAGAAACUUGGACUUGCUCCAGAAAAACACAAAGGCUUCAGGACAUUUGACAUUGAAGAAAAACAGAGGGAGAACAUCUGUUCCUACACAAAUCUGAUGCUAGUUCACAGCCGGAAACCCCAAGAAAUGAUUAAAAUUUGGACACGUUUGCAGGACCCAAAUUUAAGUUGUUGACCCUAAUGUACGAGAGUGUGUGAUGUCUAAAAGCUCUUUCUGGAUUGGGUUUGAACAAGUAACCCAUUGUCUUCACCUGGAAGCUCGUUUUGCAAAUCAAAGUUAGCUGUGAACAGUUUAUCUAAUACUAAUAAUAAGUGAGAGUCCAUCACAUUUGGAGGAUAUGGCAUAAAGAUUACAACCCUUAACCUUCUAAUUGUCAGUUCCUGUACUUCAUCUAUUAAAACGCUUGAUAAUGAUAGCCUUUUGAAGCUGUUAUUGUUUGGCCCUGCAAUAUUGGAAGUCUGGGUCUCCUAGUGGUAGAAGCCAUAUGGUUGUUUCCCUGCGAUUAAAUAUGUUUGUUGUAAACUUCAACGUAAUUGAUAACGCCCAAAAUUAUGAAAACAUUUUGUGAGUUUCCUUUUCCCCUCCUCCCACACCUGAACAGUAUUCAAUUAAACGUGAUGGGACAGACAACACAUGUAAAAGUUCACGUGACCCAUCCACUUUUUCAGAGAAGCUACACAAUGUAAAAUUCAGUGUGUACGUUGGGAGGAUUGGGUUUUGUUCUUGUUUUUUAAAUGGAAUUGGCUGAAGGACAACAUUUUCACUGAUGUUGAAACUUCUAGUGGUGUCCUUGACACUCAGUUGUCUUUUCUGUUGAUAAAGUUAUUUGAGCAGUUUGCUUGGGUUCAGUAAAUUGAUAUGAAACGACUUCCUGAUUCAGAAAGAUUGGAUAAUUUUAUGUGCAGGCUAGACUUAAAAACCAGUUGCAUUGAUUUUUAUUUUCCUUUUGAGAUACCAAGUGUUUGAAGCCUGGAAUUGCAAGGGGGUAUCUCACAGAGCUGGAACUCCUAUUUAAUGCCAUAUCUUCAUAUGUGUCAUAUCAGACAAUUGCUCGAAACAGUGACUGCUUUCGUUAUGUAGAAGUGCCUGUAUUUAUUGUUCCAAUUGAAGACCAAAACACUUUCUUAAAUAAGUUUUGUGAAACAGUUUAUUUGUAUAGCGGUCGAGUCAUAUUUAAGUAGAAAUACUAUUUUAAAUGUUAGAUAUUGAAUAAAGCUCAUUGUUUUUGAAUCUGAAAAAAAAAGUAAGUUAAGUAAUGCUUUGUGCACAUCCCGGAGUUGUGUAGCUGUUCAUUCAAUAGCAAUCUGUGUAGGAGUAUGUUGGAGCUUAUAUUUACUAGAUUGCUCUUACGGCCUAGUCUUAUCUGCUGCAUCAGAGACACAGCUUAUAAAAUCGGACAUUGCUUUUGUCUGUCAGCACGCUAGUGCUAUUCCUAUCAUUGUGUCACUAUAUUAUCAAGGUGAGAUGAGAUUGCAGCACCCGUGACACCCCUCUGCUCCCGUUUGGUGUAGCAGUGUUUCCUCGGAACCCUUUUACAGUGGGUGCUGAAAGGCUUAGUCAGAUGCCAUUCUGGUAACUGGGCUGCUAAAGAGGCACUUUGAGUGGUUGCAUUGUUGCUAAAGAUGACACGGAAAACUACAAACACUUUCGAAAGCACGUGUGAUGCUUUUCUCUCAACCAUCUAAAGGAGUAGAGCGAUGGCAUUCUCGUACACGUAGAACAUUUUGCAAUCCACAGAAUACAGAGCUACCCACGUCCUCAUUGUAGGGUGGUGUUUGAAGGAAAAUUGGUUGAAUUUUUAAUUCAUUCCAUUCCACUUAUGUGGUUGCAUUCUCCCGUCUGCAAAGGAUAUGUACUUUUCCACAUAGUUUUGUACAUUUGCAUAUCUGUUUUCUCUCUCUUCGUCCUAUUUUUUUUUCCUGUACCCCAAUUAUUUUCUCCUCUCUUUUCCUUUCGGCAAAUGCUGCAGUGCUUAUUGUACCCCAAAGUUCUAUAUUACCUGAGGUGUCUAAAAUCGUAUGGAAAGAUUUAAAAAAACAAUCAUUUUGUUCAACUCUAUUUUUGUAAGUGAAAUAAAAUUAUCUUUUUGAAUUCCAA